AUGCUCCCUGGAGGUGCAGCGGCCAGGGACUGGUGCUCCGACAUGCAGCUGACAGGCAAAGUGGUGCUGUCCGCGGCCACCUUGAUCCUGGUGACCGCUGCCUACCGGCUCUACAAGUCUAGGCCUGCCCAUACCCCGCAUGGGGGUGGAUACGCCAAAGCUGAAGGUGGAGAGGCAGCAGAUGGCUUGGGGCUGCCUGCCAUCCCUGCGUCUUCUCCUGAGACAUUAAAGAAGGGGCUAAGAAGACGACAGAAAGCCAGCAAGGGGAGUACAGCCCCUCUGGGCUGCAGCAGGGAGAAUCCUGGAGUCUCCUGUGUCUCAGCAGCACCUGUCACCUUCAGAGACGAAGAGCCCAGGAGGGGAGACAGCAGUGAGGACGAUUCCAGGGAGAGUCCAGACCCUGGGCAGGCGCCUCCUCCCUGCGAGGGUCAGGAAGCCGGAGCAGCUCUUGGCAGAGAGCAGGGCCCUCUCCACCACCCCUCCUUGGGCAGCAAACCUCAAGGCUCCCCAACUGGAAAUGCCAUCGUGGACGGCAACAGCCUUGUAGACAGGGAGGCUACCCCAUGGCAGGACUGUGGAGCCCCCGAAGGGCCCAUGGAGAGGGAACCAGGCUCCCCCCGUCAGCACUGGCUGGCCCACACGGAAGGCAGCAGCGACACGAACAAAAGCUGGCUCUUUACCCAAGUGUCAGGAGUCCACAGGACUGAGGCUGCCUCCAACAUGGGCCUGGCUCUGCGUCAGCAGGAGGGAACCACCAAUGCUUGCUACACCUUCUCAUCCACAGCUCGGGUUCAGGUGGAGGAAAACUUCAUCCCCGAGAAGGAGGCAGGCAGCGGGCCGAGGCUGAAGGGCAAGGUGUAUGAGUACUAUGUCGAGUCCACCUCUCAGGCCAUCUCUGGAGAUAGCCUGACCCCCAGGACAGCAGCACUGAUGGAGGCUCCAUCCUCUAUUCCAGGCCCCCUGGGAAGCAAAGGAGCGUCCAGGGGCCACAUCAAUGACACAGAAGGUGGAGCUGCAGGUACAGCUGCCUCCUCCCAGCCCGAGUCGCCUGCAACCACACCUGGUUUCAGCAGGAAGGAGAGCCUCCUUCAGAUUGUGGAGAACCCAGAGCUCCAACUGCAGCUCAGUGGGUUCGGGACUCCAGAGUCCCCCGGCCCAGACCAUGGUGUUCCACCUGACUGCCUCGCAUCCCUAAAUUCCAGCUCAGCCGGGAGCAGCACAGAGCCUCAUGUGCAGCUGGUGGCUGGGACCAAUUUCUUCCACCUCCCGCUCAGUCCCAGCUCAGCGCCCGGUGUCCGGCUGGACUUGGGCAAUUGCUAUGAGGUGCUGACCUUGGCCAAGAGGCAGAACCUGGAGGCGCUGAAGGAGGCGGCCUACAAGGUGAUGAGCGACAACUACCUGCAGGUCCUGCGCAGCCCAGACAUCUACGACAACUUGACCGGGGCGGAGCGGGAGCUGAUCCUCCAGCGCAGGCUCCGCGGCCGCCAGUACCUGGUGGUGGCCGAUGUCUGUCCCCAGGAGCACUCUGGCCGCCUCUGUUGCUAUGACGAUGAGCAGGACACCUGGCACCCACUGGCGUGCCUCCCUCUGGAGGCUGUGUCCCGGGGCUGUGCCAUCUGCAGUCUCUUCAAUUAUCUCUUCAUGGUGUCUGGAUGCCAGGGGCCUGGGUGCCAGCCCUCCAACCGAGUCUUCUGCUUCAACCCGCUGACGGGGAUCUGGAGCGAGGUGUGCCAGCUGAACCAGACCCGGCCCCACUGCCGGCUGGUGGCCCUGGACGGACACCUGUACGCCAUCGGGGGUGAGUGUCUGAACACGGUGGAACGUUACGACCCCCGCCUGGACCGCUGGGACUUUGCACCUCCGCUCCCCAAUGACACGUUUGCCGUGGCGCACACGGCCACGGCGUGCGCGGGGCAGAUCUUCGUCACCGGCGGCACGCUGCGCUACCUGCUGCUCCGCUUCUGCGCCCAGGAGCAGCGCUGGUGGGCUGGCCCCACCGGAGGGGGCAAGGACCGCACCGUGGAGAUGGUGGCCGUCAACGGCUUUCUCUACCGCUUCGACUUCAACCGCAGCCUGGGCAUUGCCGUGUACCGCUGCAGCGCCAGCACGCGGCUCUGGUACGAGUGUGCCACGUGCCGGCUGCCCUACCCAGAGCCCUUCCAGUGCGCAGCAGUGCGCAGCCUCAUCUACUGCGUCGGUCGACAGCGCAUGCUCAGCUUCCAGGCCCACCACGUCUCGCCCAGUUUCGUGCCAGGAGAGCUGCAGAGCUUCCCUUCGCCACAGGGCACACUCCUGCCCACCGUCCUGACCCUGCCCACGCCCAGUGUGCCCCAGACCAGGGUUUAGUGGCCCUCCUGUUUCCCUCU